AUGCCCCAGCCCCCUGAGGGCUUAUCGGUUUCUCCUUCGCUCGCCACCCUCGUCAAGCAGCUCCGCCAAUAUCUGUCCAAUGGAUUCGGCGCAGUGAAUCGUCCAACAAUAACCUUUGCCAGCUACGGCUCAAGCUCGGUGGGCCUCUACGUCGGUCAAGGUCUGCAGAGUCAGGGUGUUGGUGAUGUCGCGCUGGCAUACCUGGAAAGGUCCAUUGCAGGAUCCAACGCUAGCCUUGGAGCGAGUGUGGCCAUGCAAUUCUGCGAGCCGGCCACCGGCAACGGAACUUUCGCUGCUGUACAAGAAGCGCUCACAUCGUCGUCCAAGGCGGAAUGUUUGGCAUUGCCAUCGGUCCAAAACAUCACGGGCAAAGUCCCCCUUGCGACGCCGCUGUACUCUGUUUCCUCCAACUCUAGCAAUAUCAGCGUCAACCUCAACUCCAACUCCACCUAUGCUUCUCCCGACUCGAUAUCCUCUGUCGUCUCUGGUGAUACUUGUACUACGUUGGCGGAAAAAUGUGGUAUCACCCCGGCUCAAUUCACCAACUAUAAUUCCGAGUCAAACGAGUGCUCUUCUCUGAUUGCAGGUGCCCCUGGAACAGCGGCGAAUGGGACCGAUGUCUGUAUCUCGAACUGUGGCACUGAGAUGGUGCUGAAUAGCCCUCCUACCACCUACCGGAGCAUUGCUUACUACAAGGGAUACAACGUGCAGCGUCCGUGUCUGUACCAGAACGUGUCGCAGAUUGACACUUCUAUCUACACCCACAUUUACUUCUCCUUUGGCGCGUUAUCUUCCUCCUAUAUAGUCCAAAUUCCAGACAAGACUACACUAUUCGAGUUCACCCGGUUCACACAGAUCCAAGGCGCUAAACGCAUUCUGUCAAUCGGUGGCUGGGCAUUUUCCACCGACCCGAGCACGUACAUGAUCUUCCGUGAGGGUGUUACGGCCGCCAAUCGUCUGACCAUGGCCACCAACAUCGCCAACUUCAUCAAAGAGUACGAUCUCGAUGGAGCACCGGAUAUUCCAGGCAUUCCUGCUGCGAGUCCUGAUGACGGCGACAACUAUCUUGCUUUCCUUGCUAUCUUACGGAAUCUUCUUGACGACCGGGAAGUUACGAUUGCGGCACCGUCAUCCUAUUGGUACCUGAAGGGCUUCCCUAUCAAGAAGAUGGCUCCGCUCCUGGACUGCAUCAUCUAUAUGACCUACGAUCUUCACGGACAGUGGGAUUCUGACAGCCAAUGGUCUCAGCUUGGCUAUUCGACGGGCAAUUGCUUGCGCUCGGACGUGAACCUGACGGAAACCAUCAGUGCUCUGGUUAUGAUCACCAAAGCCGGGGUCCCCUCCAACCAGGUUGUGGUCGGUGUGACCAGCUACGGGCGCUCCUUCGCCAUGGCCGAAGCCGGCUGCUACGGGCCCGAAUGCACAUUCUUGGGCUCAGCCGACGGCUCGCAAGCCAAACCGGGCCCGUGUACGCAAAGUCCCGGGUACAUCCCCAAUGCCGAAAUCGAGGCCAUCCUCGCCGACCCGAGCCGGGUCACUGAGAGUUAUAUCGACACGGCAGGUAACUCCAAUAUCCUGGUGUACGACGACACGCAAUUGGUCGGCUGGAUGAGUGACGGCAUCAAGGCGUCCCGAAGAUCCCUCUAUAAGGGCCUCGCCAUGGGGGGAACCACCGAUUGGGCGACCGACCUGCAAAAGGACAAUCCUCCCCCUUACCCAGCCAAGAGCUGGGCCGGAGUCAUCGACGACGUCGUCCUGGACAAACGCUGGUCGGAGCUGGACGCCUCGGAUGCGUGGUCCGACACUAUUAGCAUCUGGGAGAAUAUCGACGAGCAAAAGCUGACUGGUUCGGAUGACGAGAGGAAAUUCUCCUACUCCCUUAUGAAUACUUUCCAUGUCGGCGAAUCCACCAAUUGUGGCCUGGUCGCCCCAGGAGGCUCUUGUUCCGACACCUACCCGUGUUCCAUGUACUCCCAGUUCUUCGAUGCCAUCAGCGUAGCUGCUGGAACGUACAUCGACAACCAGCUCCAGGACUUUGAAAGCACCUUCGCACCGGUGCCUCCAGCUCCCAGUCUUGGUCUCACUGCGGUGGCUGCACCGUACUUCGACGGAGUGUUUGAAAGUCUACCGGCGCUCAGCUCAGUUCUGGGCGACGCUGGCGCCGACACCGCCAAAGACAUCAGCAAUGCCGCGGUCGCGUUUGGGGCUGCAAUUGCGUCCGCCGUCAUACCGGAAGGUGAACCAGGUCAUUGGACCGCACAAUCGCAGGACAGUUUCACCGCCACGCUGGGCUCGGUGAUCUCUGGGUGGGCGAACGUGACGCAGAACCAACUCUGGGAUCUGUUCAACGGAUCCGAGACGUCGAUCACGCUUCUGACGCAGAUGAUCGCCAAUGGAAAUCUCAUCGAGGGCAGCGGCGCUGUCCCCUCAGUCAGUCCCAGCACGACCCCGGAAACCACCACGCAGAUCGAGAGCUCCAUCAACAAGGCAUUCUUCGGCUUCGCGAUCCCGUCGGUGUGGGCCGUCUCCGGCGCCGACGCCUUUGUCGUGGACUCGGGCUAUAACUGCAGCGCGCAGAACCCACUGUCCGGCUACAUGACGGCGGCCACCCAAGAGGCGACCUACUCGUGCUACAACGACAAGCUCUACUACCUGUGCGGCGAGGACGCGACCUACUUCACAGCGCCCCGGGGCCUGAGCAGCCUCGGCGGGGACGCCUGGGGUGGCAUCACCCUGGACGACCUCAUCAAGGGCUCCGUCCGCACCUACGUCGCCAACGGCAACGCCAACGGCGGGCCCGUCGCGAACCCGCUGGACCAGGACACGCUGCAGGACCUCUCCAACCAGGACAUCACCACCCCCGGCUACAUCCGCCUCCCCGUGUGCAGUCCGCAGGUCGCCUGGGCCUCGUGGUCCAACCCGUCGCCGUCCAACGCCAGCGCCCCGAACUACCCCUGCAACCCGCUGCAGGGCGUGACCAAGUGCAGCGGCUACACCUACGUGGACCAGACCACCUCCGCCUCCCCGCUGGUGUCCGACUGCAAAACCAUCAUCCAGAACAUCCAGGGCACCAACGGCCAAUGGACGACCGGGAUUGACCGUCAACGCGCAAUUGCCACGUACGGCUCGUGCAAGUUCGGCGUCCAGAACGUUGGUGUCACGGGCGACGUCACCUACUACACGGGAAGUCAGGAUAUCGUGACCAUCAUCACCGAGGCCAUCACCGAGUGCGAGUGGGAGGGCCGUGUCGGGGCGAAAGGCUAUAUGGAGUGCGACGGGGACGCAGGCCACCAGAAGGUCAAGUGGGGGCUGUAUUAG